AUGGUGAGACAUAAGAUGAACCAACCUGGUAAAUCUCUUGGAGUGAUUGAUCUCGGUGGUCUGGGUCACAUGGCAGUGAAGUUUGGUAAGGCUUUUGGAUUGAAAGUCACUGCUUAUUCCAAAUCACUUGACUUUAUAAUCGACACAGCAUCAGGCGAUCAGUCCUGCAAACCUUCCAAAUCACCAUUUGAUCCAUACUUGUCUCUUUUGAAGACUGCUGGUGUUUUUGUUCUUGUUGGAUUCCCAAGUGAAGUGCAAUUGAGUCCUGCAAACCUUCUAAUUGUAUUUUCUGCUAUAGCUGGUUUCCAAAAGUUGCUGAUCUGA